AUGAUUAGAAUUAUUGUCAACUGCACUAAUGCUGAAGCUCGUAGAAUAAGACUAGAAGUAUGGGUUGACACAACAGUAAAUAAGCUUUAUGAUUUUAUUGGAGCUUUUCUUCUAGCCGGAGUGUUUUAUUCUAAAAGCAUAAAAGAGCUUUGGAGUGAAUUAGAUGGCAUACCAACAUUUUCUGCUUCAAUGCAAAGAGAUCAAUUUGUUAACUUGCGACGAUGCAUUCGAUUUGAUGAGAGAGAAACAAGAAAUCAAAGACGGUUUAAAUACAAAUUUGCACCUUUAAGAAAUAUAAUGAAAAUGUUUACAACUAAAUGUAAGAGCAACUACAAUCCAAGUGCAUAUCUUACUGUUGAUGAGCAACUAGUUACAUUUAAGGGAAAUUGUCCAUUUAAGAUGUUUAUAUCUACUAAGCCAGGAAACUAUGGAAUGAAGAUAUGGAUAUUAUGUGAUGCUGAAACUUCUUACUGCAUAAAUUUGCAACCAUAUAUUGGUAGAUUAAAUGGAGUAAGUGAUGUUGGACAAGGUACACAAGUAGUUCUUGAACUAACUGAUCAAUUAAAUGGAAGUGGUAGACACAUAACAGCUGAUAAUUAUUUCACAAACAUUCAUCUUGCACGUGCAUUGCUAGGGCGUAAAAUGACAUACACUGGCACCAUUGAAAAAAAUAAAGAAAAAAUACCAAAAAAGUUAUUGCUAGCCCUACUUCGACCAGUUUAA